CUGCUCCAGCUAAACUCCAAGAGGAAAGAGAGAGAGAGAUUCAGUUAUAUUCAGACAGGUGAAAAGUCAUUUGGUUCUCUCUCUCUGUCUGAUUGAUCUUGGCGAUUCGUCUUGCUGGCUAGGUUUUUCCGCGGGAAACCUUCUUCGUUGACCUUCCCCUCCCUCUCUCACGCCUCGCUUCUGUACAUUCCGCCGGUGAUCCUCGGAGGAUAUGGCGAUUCUGUACGCACUCGUGGCGCGUGGGACGGUGGUUCUCGCGGAGUUCACGGCGACGUCAACGAACGCGAGCACGAUCGCCAAACAGAUCCUGGAGAAGGUCCCUGGGAACAACGACAGCAACGUCUCCUACUCUCAGGAUCGCUACGUCUUUCACGUCAAGCGUACCGAUGGCCUCACCGUUCUCUGUAUGGCCGAGGAAACCGCCGGAAGGAGGAUUCCAUUUGCGUUUCUGGAGGAUAUUCACCAGAGAUUCGUGAGGACUUAUGGGAGAGCAGUUCAUACAGCACAAGCUUAUGCCAUGAACGAGGAGUUCUCAAGAGUUCUAAGUCAGCAGAUUGAGUAUUACUCAAAUGAUCCUAACGCCGAUAGGAUUAAUCGGAUCAAGGGUGAAAUGAAUCAGGUGCGGAAUGUCAUGAUAGAGAACAUUGACAAAGUUCUAGACAGAGGUGAACGCUUGGAGCUACUUGUCGAUAAAACAGCUAAUAUGCAGGGGAAUACAUUCCGUUUCAGAAAGCAAGCUCGCCGUUUCAGAAGCACCGUGUGGUGGAGAAAUUGCAAGCUCACGUUCCUCUUGAUACUACUACUACUGGUGAUCAUAUACAUCGCAGUGGCCUUUGUCUGCCACGGGCCCACUCUACCAUCUUGCAUUUAAGUGCAUAUGUCUCUUGGAAUCUCGGUUUUGUGUUUCUCGUGGUUAUUGUCUGCUCUUCUGAUUUCAAUCCAUUUGUUUACUCGAGCAUUUUGAUGUGAUUUAAAAAGCUCAUGUCUUACACUCACACCGAUAUGAAGUAUUCUUAUUUAGAGCAAUGUGAAAGCUCAUUGCAUUGCAGUGUGAAUUUGUGUUGCCAUCAUAUUGUAUAACAAUAUACAUCGUGUGAAAUGAACAGGCUUGAUUUGUUUAUACAA